AUGGCACUUGCCAUUAACAAACGCUGGAUGCAGAUCGAGAGGAACGACUUGCAGGUUGCAACUUGCAGGUCAACCGUCCAUCGCUCUCUAUAAAAGGCGGCACGGCGAUGCCUCCGAGCCAUCGCCCGGAGGUGAUCGGACUCUACGUCUCUCUGCUCUAGAGAGUGGCUGUGCCCUCUCUUUCUUUUUCGAUCCCCAACUGUCUAUCUCUACGUAGUUCUUUUGCAUCUUGGCUUGUCUGUUUCGCUUCCUCCGUCUUUCUGUUAGAUCCCUUGAUCAUCUUUUUCGUUUCCUCCGUUGAACAUCCUUAGCUUGCACGAUCGGUCUUUUUAUGAUCAACUUGCUGGAGAACUUCUGCAUGCUGUUUUAGCAGAAUUUCCUUCUUGCUUAAUCUUGUCUGGCCGUGCAUACACCCUCUCCUAGAUUGGAUAUGGAUGAUGUUCUCCUCCACCGAUCAGCAGGCGGCCACAACUUCCGCCGGAGGUCUGUCGGCGGAGGUGGCCGGAGGCUCGCCCCCAUGAGCUCGCCAGCGUUGCCUCCGAGCGCCUACGGUUUCUUCCCUUAUCCCGCGGCUCCUCCGGGCCCGUUUCUAUACCCGCCGUAUAACUUGUACUCUUGUGGCUCUCUCCCUCCCCUGCCGUUCAACCACCCCGGUCUGCCACCGCGCCCGCCGGCGACUGCGGCCAAGCACGCCACGUUCCCUUACCAGUCGUCGCCUAUGCCUCCUCGUCCGGCCGCUGUCACCAAGGUCAAACAGACCGCGGCGACCGGGAUGAGCGUGUCGGCGCCGAGGAAGAUGCUCGAGGGCAAGAGCAAGAAGCCGAGGACACCGAGGUCCACAGAGGAGCCUCCGAGGGCGCAGCGGAGGAAGCCGCUGCAGAGGGCGGCGCCGCUGCCUGCGACGUCGGCGGUCACGGAGGCGCUGGACGACCUGGAGCGCGAGGUGACACGGGGCUUCGUGGAGGACCUGCUCCACGCGCUCGCACCGCCGCCCAGCAGCCUACCCCUGCCCACCUUCUCCCUCGUCAGGGCGGCCGCCACCAAGGUCCCAGCGCCAUGCACGGUGUAGCUGGCCCUGGACACCUUCACCGUACCGACGUCGAGUCGACGACUGCCUCUGCCGGCCGGGCGCCUACUUCGCGUCGCCUCAGCCGGGUUCAUUUUUAUCUUAUUUUAUUUUAUGUUUCUUUCUCCAAGUUUUUUUCUUUGGAUGGAAGAAACGCUACCAUAAAAGGGAUCGAUCCAGUUUUAAUUUUCGUUCCUUUUUUUUUCAUUUUCUCCUGGGAGUUGUGAGGAAAAUGUAAACCUGAACAAAAGUCUAGGUUUGCAUAGUAUUGGUAGUUGAACUCUUGAUGUAUGAGGCAUGCUUUUAAUUGCCAUGAUAUAUGAAGAUCAACAUGCAGUUAUUUUCUUUAA